UUUUUCGGUUGACGGUUAGAUGUAUUGAACAUCAAGAAAAAGUGGUUUGAAUCACUUUAUUUUUUUAUCCAAAUACAACGUGAAAUUAGUGAAUUCAAGGCAGAACAUCAACAGCUAGUGCACGCAUGGCUGCGACACAAGAAAAAUCCAUUGUUGUUCGAAAAACCGAUGUAACCACUGCCGCCAAGGAUUCGCAAUAUCACCGUUGUACCGUUAUGUGAUAAUAAACUCAAACACAUCAGAUUCGAUCAUACGGAUUUGUUAGCACUAUUGGCUCGAUGGAAACUGAUUCCAGAAGAAUUCGGUGGCAAAGAUGGAGGAAGUUCUAUGUAUAGCAAAAAUCAUUUUGAGGAAAACCCAUACGACGCUUGGAAUAUUUUAUUCGACAUGAAGAACUUGUGUCGAAGAAAACAUCAAAAUAUCACCGAAGCAAUAUCAUUGGGUGCCCGACAAUGUAUUCAGGACAAAAGAGCAAAGCGCAUGACAGCAACAUUCACGAAAAUGGAACAGUCCGAUCGCGAGGAAAACUAUCUAGUAAUACCAUCACCGCGCGGAAACGGCUGGAUAUACUAACUCGAUCAUCGAUUGAAAAUGAUGCAGGAUGGAUUGGCGGCAUAUGCUCGGUGACGAUAUGCACGGCUAUCGUUGGACAAGUACAUCGACUCACAGCACGAAACCGAUUGGUUAGCAAAAUCAUUGACAAAGAAUAAGCCAUCGCUGUUUACCAUUGGAGACGCGGACUUGCCAGCCAAUUCGCCAAUCGGUAAGAAGAAGACCAAACGAUGCCCGGGAACACGACGUCUUGAAAACAGCGUUAAAAAACUACAUCAUUCAGAUGUCGUUAGAGUGGAUGAAGCUUACACAUCGCAACACUGUGCCAGUUGCAUGGUGAAGUUCCCGAAAGAAACGAAAAAAUUCCGAUUCAAAGCAUGCAAGAAUUGUCCACGCAAUGCUCCAAUACCACUGGAGAUUGCCAAAUACAUGUCAUUGCCGCCGCUAAUUGUGUCAAAAAAGGGCUCACGACGCAAAACGUUGGACCGUUGUGUGAAAAAGUUGAUCGACAGAGGUCUAGUAAAUCAAGCAAAUCUGCCAAAAGAAUCCAAACCAGAGCGAUUAGCGUCACCCAAAAUGUACUAUUGGAAAAACUGGCCGCUAAACUCUGUGAAUGCACUUCAAAUGGGACACGAUGCUGCGAACACCAAUGAUCAUCAUCAACAACAACAACAAAAACCGGAACAAGAACAUAAAUAUCGAGAGCUGCGAUUUACCAUUGUUUGGCAUCGAGACAUUGUUGCGGCAAGGUGCAUAAUGUACAAAGCUCUAUGUUUCAUUUUCGAUUUAACAUUGAUAAAUUCGUUUGUGAGACCACCACAACUUCGAAGACCUCCGUAUAGUAAAAAACCACCAGUACGCAGACAACCAAGAGAAAAUGCAAAUGUUGUUCCAGUCCAAGUAAACAAUAAUGAUCAACCAGCUGGAUAAAUUUGCCCCAACAAUUGUUUAGUGGGAUAACCUUCAGAAGACUUAAGCGGUUAUUUGAGAUUAAAUCAAAAAUAUCAUAUUUAUCCAGAUACGAAUGUCAAAAAUAUCAAUAGAUUUUUAAGUCAAUUAUAUUAGCCGAUGAAAUUUGUUGUGGCAUUCAAUGCGCCAUGAUGGUACUCUCUUGAUAAUCAUUUUCGUGAGUUGAGGGAUAUUAUUCGAAAUGCCGAUAUCCGUCAGACUUUGGGUGUAUUUCGAGUUGUAGAAUUUCAUGAAUAUCGCAAAAGUGAACCA